CUUGGAUCAUCUUAGUUCGAAGUGCAUAAAGAGCUGAACUAAGAUAGAACUAGAAUUCGAAAGAAUUGUACACUGGAGAGAAUCUGCACUAGAAAGAGAGAUCCUGAGAACUGUAACCUGCAAACUAUACAAUAUGAAAAGAAAAAAAACAGACACACAUAACUAUAGCAGGCAACCCAAUUCAGGUCGGCUUCCCAUAAGAGAGUUCAAAAACAGCAGCAGAUCAGAUCAAACAAGUCUUGCUUUGCGAAACCAAAGCCUCUUCCUAUCUUUACUUCCUUUGUCUCCUUAACUCAAAUGUCAUUUACCCGCAGAACCAGCGCUAAACUUUUUGCUUUCCUUUAACCAGUAGACACCCAGAACGAUGUAAGACUUCCUCCCUUUCCUCAGCUGGACUCCAAAAUCACCUCCCCAUACUUGUGAAAUUUUUGAACUUAGAAACACGUCAGGUAGUGAGCAGCAAACCACUACAGAUGAUGAGGCUGAAAACUUGUAAAUUAUUCAGCUUCUAACCAUCACACCUUUUUUUCUAACCAACCAAUUCAAGAGAGAUAUGUACACAAAUGUUUGAACAAAAGAAUUAUGGACAAACUCACAGAAGAACAAACACAAUAACAACCACAAGAACAAUAUUGCUAAUAUCACUCUAUUUGCUUUCUAUACUACCUAUAAUCCCUAAUGAUUUCCAAGAACAGUCUGUAUCAACAACACCUUGAAUGAUGGCAAUACAAACAAACUCACCACAGAGGUCCACCUCAUAAAAAAUGGCUUCUCUCAACUCCUCCUCCUCCUCUUUGUAACCAAUCUUAUUUUGAUCGAAGAAUGCCAGGGCUUUAUGCAGAUGCUCGUAACCGACAAAAUUCCAGCUAAAUGCCUUGUUGUUCUGCUAAUGGCAACAUCUCCAUUCACCCAGAAAAAACGAGCAGACAAAAGGGAAGAGCCAAAAAACAAACACAAGGAAAAAAAAUAGAAGCAGAACAGGGACAGAGAACCUCUGUUGCUUGAUACACAUAGAAAGACUAAUGAACUACGAAGAAGAAGAACAUUGAAAACAAGACUCCCAUUUGCAUCCCUAACUUAACACUUCAGAGGCAAAAGGAAACUCAGAUAAAUUCAACAGAGAAACGAUCUGAAUCAGUGCUCUGCUCAACAUACACACGACCUGAUUUACCUGAAAGCGUUUGGAGUUUGUUGGGAAAGGGCUGCCUCCAAGGAACUUCAGAUUCAGAAUUUGACUCUUCCAACGGUGAGUGGAGUUCAACAGAAUAAAUGGAGGAGGAACACAGUGGAGUUCAGUUGAUGCUUAUGGUAGAGAAUGGAAAUUGAAUCAGUGACCGAGAAGUUCGUCGGAACUGCUUAUCACCAUCCGUUUUGGGAAGACGGUCGUUUGGGUUGGUUCGUGGUCAUCGGGUCUACGCUGGAUCUAAUAAACUUAACCACUUCCACGUCAUUCUUACGUGGAUCAAUAAAUAAAAGCGGCACCAAUGCCUCAUUUUUAUCAGCGGCACUAUAGUAUUAGCCUAUUUAAAAACACAUUUUAUGGUGUGUGGGUUGAUUUGUUUGUCGGCCUGUUUUUUUUUUAUCGUAAGGCAGGUUUGCAGGCCGGCAUUGUUCAAGAGAUCCAUGAGAAGGUUCAGUGUUGUGUGGUGGGCUUACUCGUUCCCGCUGACGGUCUUGGCACUCGCUUCCACUGAAUACGCACGAGAAGUCAAAGGCGGUGUUUCUAACGCGCUCAUGCUCGUUCACUUGUUCGUCUCAGACGUGGUCUCGCUUGCUCUUUCCGUCUUUACUCUCUUUUAGGGCUGGAAGUUUGGUACCGGUAUUUGGGAUAUACCGAAUAUCGUACUGAAUUUGUCUAUAUUUGGUAUUACCGAAUACACGUAUUAUUUUGUGGGAUUGGGAUUGAGUUUCAAUUGUUAUUCGGUACUAGUAUUAGUCGUCUCUCAACCUCAAAUUCAUCAAAUUAAUGAUUACCAAUUACAAAAACUUGAGAUGUUAGCUCUAGGCAACUCAAGACUUUUUGCUUAGUCUCUUUGUCCUAAAUUAAACAAUAAAAUCCAAUUUAUAUACUUAAUUAUUAAUUGCAAAGGUAAUUAAUUUUGUAUUUGAUUAUACCGAUUGUGAUACCGAGGUACCAAUUGGGAUACCAAAAUAUUUAGGGAUUGAGAUUGAGAUAUCAAAAUUAUUUAGAGAUUGAGAUUGUGAUUGAUUUCAGGGUAUAAUUCGGUAUUCGGGAUUUCGGUAUUUGAUAUUGAAAUAUCGAUAUCGUACUGAUUUCCACCCCUACUCUCUUCAACACUAAAAGUCUAAAAUGCUUCUUCUCCCUGACAACGACCCAACUGCCGACCUCCUCAGUCGCCACACACGCGCCUAGGAGAAGUAUCAUUGUUGGCUAUAGAUGAAAGGCUCUACUAUAUUUAUCAGCACAUAUUGCGAUUUACGAUAAUGGUGAGGAAAAUACAUUUUAGUUGAUUCUUACACAAGCCUUCUUGUGGCUGAAUUUGUCAAAUUUUGAGGAUAUAGAGUCCGACGAAAUAGUCUUCAAUGUGUUUGUGUCAUUUGAGAUGUCUUAUCUAGAUUGAUAAAUGAGAUUUGGUGUUGGAUUAUUGUAAGAGGAAUGUUGGUAUAUCGUGUUACUAAUACAUAUAGUUCUUCUUCAUCUAUUUCAUUCAAAAUUCAUGUAUCCUACAUCUUCCUAUUUUCUAUGCUACUAGAAAUUCAUGCAUUUCAUCUGUUAUUGUUCUCUAAUACCACUAAGGACUAAAGUUUAUGUAUCACUCCUAUAUAAAUGUCUAUCUCUAGAAGUAAGUUCUCAAUAAUUUAGAAGUUUUGCACUGCAUCGUAGACUAAUUUUCGAAAAAAUAGGAAUUUGUCCAGAGAAUGAAUGCAGGAUAGCUUUUGUAUCAAUUUGGGGAAAUUAGUUUGUUUUAUUGGUUUGUUUGAGGUAUCUAGGCUUUCUCUAGCAAGGUAAAAGAAGGAUUAUAAAUGAUUUAGAAUAUGCUUUUGGAUUGGGACCAUCAUAAUACACGAGAAUUUCAUGCAUGUCAAAAAUAUUUUCAACUUUUCAUGAGAUACAAAGCAGAUUCCUUUUAAAAAAUCGUCUAGUAAUGUUUGUAAGAAGACUUCUGGUGUUAUGUUUGAUUGGCUGCAGGCACGAGAGAUCAAUUUUAUUUCAGUUAUUAAAUUUUUUUGGAAAAUAAGUUUUUUUAUAGAUAUAUAUAAGAUAAAUUUCAUUUCAGUUAUUAAAUUUUUAAUUACUAACUUAUUUAUAAAUAUAUUUAGAAAAUGUCUAAAAUAACUCAAACCGUCCAGACCCCGAUCAGACAAACUAAACCAAAAAUUCCUUGUUUGACCGGCUCAAUAACUUAAACCGGUUUGACAACCUUGAGCCAAAAUCAAUAGGGGUAUCGGUAGUAGGUGCAGUUCUAUUUUAGUAUGCCAUUUGGCCUCUUGGAAUUCAUAUACAGUAAGCAUCGAUUGUGACGUUUUGGCAUUUGGGACAACCAUAAAAGUCUGUGGUUUGAUUGUGACUUAGUUAAAUUUGAUAUCAAACUCGCGGUUUAAAAUUUAAAAUCUUACGGUGUUACGUUUUUAAGUUAUCAAAACGCUUUUGUUUUCAUAUAAAUUUUAGUGUAUUAAAUCAAACAAAAUUGCUCUUUAAAGUUUAAGAGCUUACGCUUUUAGUUCACCAAAACGCUUUACGCUUUUACGCAUCUAGUUCACUAAUGGAUAUUAUUUUCAUGAAAUUAAUUAUAAAAAGUCUAUUUUAAAGAUUAAUCACCAACAAUAUGAUACAUUUGAGAUUAAAAGAUACAUAUAAGAUAUUUGGAUGCAUUCUCAGCUUCAAUAGAGUAAUAUAAUUCACUAACUAGGCCCUUCUCAAAUUCAUUAGCAUAAAGGGGAAGGAAGCUUAUUGUUAAAAUUUAUGUUUAUAAAUUUAUGUUUAUAAAUUUAUUAUUAAGAUGCUAUGAUGUAAAUGAUACACACAAAAUGGCUCUCUCUAAUUCCCCUUUCUCACUCUAAACUCUCUGAAAUUUCAAACUUCGAAUAUGGGUUACCAUCCGGAUCCUUCAAUGAAGGUGCUUUCUCGACCUCCUUAGGGAUCCUAAUGGAGAGGAAGAAGAUUUUCAUCUUCUGCAAACCAACCAUCAAUGAGCUGUAUUGUCUCUUCAGAAGUAAAUGGCCCCAACGCUCCCUGCUACCCUCCAUUAAAAGCUCAUCCUUCGCCAUUACUACCAUUUCUUCUUCCCCUGCAACCAGAUCUGGAAACCAGAAGAGAGUCCCUACCUCACUUAACCCAUCUAGCUUCUCCAGUCCCCUGUCAAACCAUAGCCAAGCAAAAUCUUAUUCCUUAAAUUUCCAUUCUCCACUUUGCCUGUUAGUAGUCGAAACAGAGAACAUAAAUCCCAGUCUUUUCAAGCCACAAUCCCAUGAGGGUCCACGUCUGCGCCUGGUUGGGAAGCUCUUUACUAAGAGAGAGAUCAACCUAUGGACUAUCUCGGGAAAGAUCAAUGGAGCAUGGUCUCAUUCUUGUGAACCUACUGUCCAUGAGGUACAAAGAGAAAAAAACACCUUCAUCUUCACUUUUGGCACGGCUAUUGAGAUGGAAAAGGCCUGGGUAGGCAGACCAUGGAAUGUGUGAGGGUGUAUGCUUCAAUUGAAGCAAUGAGAUGAAUCCAUCAGACCACAAGAUCUUCCCUUUGAUCUAGCUGAUUUCUGGAUCCAAAUCCAUGGAAUCCCAGAACACAGAAAGAUGGUUUCUAAUAUUCAAUCGGCAGUGGCAAUGUUCAAACAGAUCCAUGUUAUUGGUAUGAGGUGCUUGAACUCUAAGCGCUAUAUGGAGUUCGUUCGCGUGCUGGUCCAUGUUGAUCUCAACCGCCCUCUUCCCCCAAGUUCCUACUUCAACAACAAUGGGUGUCGUGAAUGGUUGGGGUUUUGAUAUGAGAAACUCUACUAUUUGUGCUAUUACUGCGACAGAUACGACCACAACAAACAAGAAUGCCCCGUAGAAUUGCUGAUGUAGAAGCUAGAGUGGCAGGUCCUCCAGAGGGGCGCUUCACUCCAUGGUCGAGUCAUGACGCUGCCAACUGCUGAUAUAGGGUCCAACUCCAACUCGCCAGGCUUUGUGCAAAAUCAAAUUUGGGUGGCUGGCGGGGGAUUGCCGCGAGCCGACAGCUUUAAUCUGGCAGAUUCCUCCUCACCGACGACUGACGGAGGCUGGGGACUCGCUAUCCGAGGACCGCAGGGGUUCACCCCACACCCGUUCCUAGGAGGGGAUUCUUCUUCAAGCUCCGGGUCUGUCUCAGGGCCCCACUCUCAACGGCUCCAAAGCCCACUUUCUGCUCAAAACAUGGUUUAUUAUGGGGCCCAGGCAGCUGCUUUUUCUCCCCCUAGAGGAAACAACAAUCGACUCUUCUCCCCCUCUAUUGUACGCAACCUGUCCCUGGACCUCAAUGAAGGGCAAUGGGCUGGAAUGCAUGAAGCCCACCACACUCACUCUGUUCUGGAAGGGGUCCAGGCCCAAGCCUCACUCCUUUGCAGCAACAAUCAGCCCAAUCACUCAAACUUAGCCCAAGUUAUGAUUGAUAUUAACCAGAAGAUGGAUUUUAACAAAAAACAAGCAGAUGAAGGCCAACAACAGUGUGUUGUUUUUUCAGGGGAGGAUCAGAGGGAGCUGAAGAAGAGGAAGCAGGGGCCAGGAACUCGACUUUGAAGGUCCUUAUUUUUCCACUGGUGACAAUUCAGCCAAACCAAGGAAUCCUCGAAUAAGAACUAAGAGCUACA